CAAGAGAUACUGUUCUAGGAAUCUGUCCUGCAAAUCCCUCCAUCUGCAGGUGUUUGUGUGAGCAGGAAUGAGAAAACGAAGCCAGCUCUCUCAGGCGCUGAACGGACUGUCAGACAGGGCCAAAGAAGCCAAGGAGUUCCUGGUGCAGCUCCGCAACAUGGUUCAGCAGAUCCAGGAGAACAGUGUGGAGUUCGAGGCCUGUCUGGUGGCCCAAUGUGACGCCCUCAUCGACGCCCUCAACAGAAGGAAAGCGCAGCUGCUGGCCCGCGUCAACAAGGAGCAUGAGCACAAGCUGAAGGUGGUCCGAGAUCAAAUCUCUCACUGCACAGUGAAAUUGCGCCAGACCACGGGCCUCAUGGAGUACUGCUUGGAGGUGAUUAAGGAAAAUGAUCCUAGUGGCUUUUUGCAGAUUUCUGACGCCCUCAUAAGGAGAGUGCACCUGACCGAGGAUCAGUGGGGAAAAGGCACACUCACUCCCAGGAUGACCACGGACUUUGAUUUGAGUCUGGACAACAGCCCUCUGCUGCAAUCCAUUCACCAGCUCGACUUCGUGCAGGUGAAAGCUUCCUCUCCAGUCCCAGCAAUCCCUAUCCUACAGCUGGAGGAGUGUUGCACUCACAACAACAGCGCUACGCUCUCCUGGAAACAGCCGCCUCUGUCCACGGUGCCCGCCGAAGGAUACAUUCUAGAGCUGGAUGACGGCAAUGGUGGUCAGUUCCGGGAAGUAUAUGUUGGAAAAGAGACAAUGUGCACCGUGGAUGGUCUUCACUUCAACAGCACAUACAACGCUCGAGUCAAGGCCUUCAACAAAACAGGAGUCAGCCAGUACAGCAAGACCCUGGUCCUCCAAACGUCUGAGGACACAGAUUCAGAAGAACAGACCCUCCCUUUUCCAGUGCCUUCGGAAAGAUUGCCGCUCCGUAGAAUGAGUCCUUUCUCCUCCACCCUUAAUCUACAACCCAGCUUCCCCGGGAGAUCCUACUUUGAUUUCCGAUCCUCACCCCAUCAGCUGAGCUUGCAUUCCUCUUUACAGUCACUCAAUGCACCGGGAUGCAAUUUUGAGACACAAUCUGCACCUUACUCUCAAUUAGUUGACAUUAAAAAGCUGUUGGCAGUGGCCUGGUUUGCUUUUGACCCUGGCUCAGCGCACUCAGACAUCAUCUUCUCCAAUGACAACCUGACAGUGACCUGCAGUAGCUACGAUGACCGGGUGGUGCUGGGGAAGACUGGCUUCUCCAAGGGCGUCCACUACUGGGAGCUAACGAUAGAUCGCUACGACAACCACCCUGAUCCUGCCUUUGGUGUGGCCCGCAUGGACGUGAUGAAGGAUGUGAUGUUAGGAAAGGACGACAAAGCUUGGGCAAUGUAUGUGGACAAUAACCGGAGCUGGUUCAUGCACAACAACUCGCACACCAACAGAACUGAGGGAGGGAUCGCAAAAGGGGCCACAAUCGGGGUCCUCCUUGACUUAAAUAGAAAAACCUUGACGUUUUUCAUCAAUGAUGAACAGCAAGGUCCCAUAGCGUUUGAGAACGUGGAGGGCCUGUUCUUCCCUGCGGUCAGCCUGAACAGGAAUGUGCAGGUCACGCUUCACACCGGGCUCCCAGUCCCUGACUUCUACUCCAGCAGAGCAUCAAUAGCCUGAGGAUGUGCCGUGGGGGUGCCCUCUGCCUGUUCUUCCCUCGCCUGAAAGAGCCAGCGAGGAGCAGUGGGAUGCAGAGAGCCAGAGGGAGAUGAGAAGGAGAGAGAAGAGCUGCCCCUCGGGUCUUCACUCCACAGAUCUGCCCCUUCCCUCCCAGCCUUCCCUCCCAACCUCUCCACUGCCGUCAUGCCCGCGUUUGCUUCUGUGCCCAGCAUUUUUAACCAACAGAGCACAGCCCACCAUGUCACUUUGUUUCCAUUCCCAGAUUUUGCUUUUAUUUAACUUAAUUUUGUAUGUAGGUGAGCUAUAUUUCAUUUCUUUUCUGAUGAUAUUAUUGGUGACAUACUGAAUAGUAGGAAAUCAAAGCAAAAAUAAGAUCAUUACAAAUUGUUAUACAUACACAUGCUCUUCAAUUUACGAUGGGGUUAUGUACUGAUAAAUCUAGGGUAAGUCAAAAAUAUUAAGUCAAAAAUGCAUUUGAUACCCUGGUAAACCCAUCAUAAAGUUGAAAAAUCGUAAGUCAGGGACCACCUGUACUAGAAAAAAAAUAGACAAGGGUCAAAGAGGCUCACUGGCAAGAUCUUUCAGGUUCUUUAGAAUGAUGCUAAAAAUCUGCACAUUCUGGCCAUAACAUCAGAAAUGUGCCAACUUAAUGCCUUUUCAACUGUGCUAUUUUAAUUAUAAUAUCUGCUGCCAUUCAUCACAGCCCUUAUUUGGUAAAAAUUAUGUCAGCAUUCUUAUUUUUUUAAUGCUGCAAUGAUACUAAGCCUUAAAAAUGGAUGUUAAAAAAAACAAUAGUGACCAGAGGCAGAGGACCCGUUCUCAGUAAUGGGCGAUCUUAAGUCGCAGUCCACAGCAUUCACAUUCUCAGGAUAAACUCACUUGUCUCCAUGUAUACUAUCUGUGCCUGCUGCAAGUGAAAACUCAUCCACUCUGCUGCCAUUCACGAUCUAACUUCCUGGAGUAGUUGAAAUUAUGUUUGGAAAACAUGAAAUUGUAUGUCAUUACUAUGACCGACAGCAGAAUAACAACACUUAAUACUUCCAUAUAGAGAUAGGCUUAUACAGAUGUUAACCCUUUAGAUUCUUUAGUUUGAUAUGAAAUUUUAGAAAAUGUAAGACCCAGAAAGAAGUUCUGAUUAGUUGUCUAAAUAUUUUCCAGUGAGCCAAGAAAUUCACCAUAAAAAAACAGAAUAACAAAUAGAAGAGAUAGGAUGGGAAACCUAAAAAAUUAAAGUUUGACAAAAAGUAAUAUAUAUAAAUAGCUAAUUAUUUACUUUUGUGCUUACUUUAUUUAGGCUACUUCUAUCAGUUGCAAUGUUUUUCUAGUUAAGUGUAUCUAAUUUAUUGAAUGGGUGCUAUUCUGUUUUGUCCUUCUUAGUUUUCCUUGGCUACAGAAAAACUCUGUUGCAGGGCAACACUAGUUUGAUAUUUGAUUUACUUUCCAAUGAGACUCGAUGGCUGGGCCGCUGUAAACUCAUAGUUACUCUUGUUCUUUAUUAAAUUCAUCCUGCUAAUUAGAUUUCUAGUGACUUGUAACACGUAGUUUACAUUGAAUUGCAAUUAUAGAUGCAUACAGCUACUGUACUAGGAAAAUGUUAUUUCUGGUGUGCCAAUAAAAGAUUUUUAUGAGAAAACGAAA